AUGGUAUUUAUGAAGAACAACAGUGAUGUGUUUGUAAAUGCAAGUGACUUUAUUCCUGACCAAUAUUUGGCUGCAGUGGAACUUUUCAAAGGUUAUCCGGAUUGGUUGAUGAAGUUUGCAACGGCGUGUUGUAUUAUCUUCAUGCUGAUUGGAAUACCGGGGAACAUCAUCACAAUAUUGGCGUUGGCGCGCUACGAAAAAGUGCGUAACGCGACAGCAAUUUUUAUAAUGAGUCUAUCUUGCUCCGAUCUGUUCUUCUGCUGUUUUAACUUCCCACUCGCCGCUUCAACGUUCUGGCAUCGGUCUUGGAAAUACGGCGGGCUGAUAUGCCGCUUGUUUCCUCUAGCAAGAUACGCCUUGGUCGCCAUAUCUAUUUUUACGAUCUUGGCUAUCACUAUCAACAGAUAUGUCAUGAUUGCUCAUCCAAGAUUUUAUCCCAAGUUGUACAAGUACCGAAAUAUAGCAAUAAUGCUAAUCGGUAUAUGGAUAUUCCCGUUUGCAGUUACCACAGUAAUAUGGUUCGAGAAAUGGGGAAGAUUUGGAUUAGACGCUGGUAUCGGCUCCUGCUCUAUACUUCCAGAUAAAAAUAAUGUAUCGCCGAAAACUAUUGUGUUUCUAACGGCUUUUAUAUUACCGUCUAUAGUAAUAUCCAUUUUGUAUGCAAGAAUAUUUUUUAUCGUUCGAAAAGCAACGAAAAAAACUUUGAAAACGAAUAAGAGAUUACCAGAACCGGAGGAAGAUUCUUCAGCUGAUGUAUCUUCCUCUGUUUUAGCGCGAAUAACAGCCGACAGUAGUACCAAUUACGUCGUAGAACAAACCAAAGACCCUCAAAUUUCACUCAGGAUCGAACCAAGUCCGCCACUUCAGCGCUGUGCUACUUUCAAAGUAGACACUAGAGACGACAUCGUAAGACACUCGGAAGAGCUAAAACAAGAACCUUCGAGGUUACGAAGAACCAGACUAAGAAAAUCUAUGGCCCUUCUCAAACUUUCACUACCGACGCGAAAGGAUAGAAGAUUAGGAACUAUGAUAAUUGCUAUAAUGAUAACAUUUUGGUUGUGUCACCUACCCAUAACAAUUACGAAAGUUUUGCACGAAAUUAAACCUCAUCCCGUAUCUAAUAUAGCGGCCUACGUUCUUUUGUUUUUAUCCUCUAGUAUUAAUCCUGUCAUUUACGUGGUUAUGUCAAAUGAAUAUAGAAAAGCUUACAAGAACUUAUUUAGGCGGCGAAAUAAAGCCUCAUUAUCUUUAAGAAAAAUCUGA